CGUAAUUAGCUGGGAUCAGUCCAUCGAAAACCGUGCCAUCGAGAGGAAGUGGAUAACUAGAGUGAAGUGUAUUGAAACUAAAGGGGAAACCAAAUCGAAAUCGAGCAGAAUCGAUUAGAGGCAUAUCACGUAUACGCCUGGUAACACAGCCAAAUAUUUGAUUAUGUCGCUGAGAAUGGGUUUUUUUGGGCUGCCUGCUGGUGGCCAGCACAAUCCUAAUGCUGCAGGUGCAGGCCGACAUCGAGACAAACGAAGUGGACCAAUCCGAUGUGUACAUGCUGCAGGGUGUGCGCAUAUAUCCCAAUGAUCGGCAGUGCGUUCUGGUGGGCGGACUGUGUGUCAGGACGGUGGACUGCAUCGAGUCCACCUCGAACAAGGGAUUGUGUCCCACGAGUGCCGGACAGGGCGUGGAGUGUUGCUACGAACUGCCGGUUAGACCAGCGCCCUGUGCGGAACACUUGGGACAGUGCAUGGACCGAUGCCACCAGAGGCUCCUGCGACCCGGCACCGAUUGCGAGAAUGGCCAAGUCUGCUGUGUCCUGAUUUAGUUAUACUUAACCACACAACACACAUACCCAUGCUGAGAAAAAACAUCGCCAAAUUGUUCAUAACUCACAACAAAAUAGCCGACAUGUUUGGCAAACAUGACAUUUCACAUAUUAAAAGGGUUUAUUUAAGUCUGAAUAAUGCAAGUUUUUCCUUGCUUUCAGGGCUUAUAAUUUUUUAUUUCAAAUUUCCCCUUCAAAAUACCGGCGACACAUAAAACAUUACUAUACCUAUUUAUUAUUUUAUAAAACCUAUCAAAUUCUGAUUCACCAUAAGCGAUUUAUUUGGAAAUCAGAUUUAUAAAAAAUGAGCGUAAUAAAAACGUCAAAAAAAGAUUGUUUUUAAAAUUAGCUUUUUCAUAAGAAUUCAAAGAAAAAACGUUUCGAGGUAUUUAACGUUAUACCAGUUUAAUAUGAAACCGAUUGGAACUAAUAUGGAUAUGGGUUUCCUCAGUAUACACACAAAACACACACACACACACCGUACAUAAACAUGUAUUUAUUAAACUAUAUGUAUAUUAAUUAUAUUGUACGAAUACUUUUGUAUGACAUCAUAAGAACCCCCACAUCUCCCGAAAAAGUGAAAUAUUUGACUGCUUCCAAUAAAUGCAUUGUAAAUAUUUUCCAAAA